CACUCCACUCCUGUGAUCCAAUCAUCCCGUUGUUCCAUACCCAUCUCUAUCCCGCACACACGACGAAGCAAGAUGGGGCUUCACAACCCUCUCGCUCGCCAACCGGAGAGCUAUCACAAGAAGAAGGAGUAUCAAUUCAAGUCGACACUGGGCGAAGGCACUUUCGGUAUCGUGCGCAGCGCAGUGUGGAAGGCGGCUGAUCCGCCCAUCGGGGUGGCGGUCAAGGUCAUCUCGAAGCGGAUAUUAAAGGGACACGAUGAGGUUGUGCAGGGAGAGAUGGAUGUCUUGAAGGGCCUCGAUCAACCGCACGUCGUCAAGUUCCUCGACUGGUUCGAGUCAAAAGACAAGUACUACCUCGUCUUCGAAGAAGCUACCGGCGGCGAGCUCUUCGAAAGGAUCCUCUCCCGCGGCCGUUUCACAGAGCUCGACGCACGUCGCACGAUACGUGCAGUCCUUUCAGCGAUCCAAUACCUCCACCAUCACAACAUCGUCCACCGCGAUGUCAAGCCAGAGAAUAUCCUCUACCGCACUGCAGCAGAGGAUGCCAAUGUCGUCCUGGUGGACUUUGGCAUUGCCCAACACCUCGAGACGGAGGAUGAGCUCCUCACCAACGUCUGCGGGUCGUACGGGUAUGCUGCGCCAGAGAUCUUGGCCAAGAAAGGGCACGGCAAGCCCGUUGACGUCUGGAGUUUAGGGGUGAUCACAUACACGAUGCUGUGCGGGUACACACCCUUCAGGAGCGACGACCCUGCAAAGUUGGCGGCAGAAACGCAGAGGGGAAGGAUCGACUUCCAUGAUCGGUACUGGAAGAACAUCAGCCAGGAGGCAAAGGACUUUGUCAAGGCUUGUCUGACCGUCGAGCCGGGAAAGAGAAUAACGGCAGACGAGGCGAUGAAUCAUGCUUGGAUGCAAGAACCUCCCACGAGCGAAGAGGCUGGGAAGCACGACAUUUCUGUCGGCCUGCGAGAGAACUACCGCAAGAGAUGGAAGACGGCCAUCAACGCUGUGCGAGCGAGCACCAAGUUCCGUACUUUCGCUGCCUUGGCUGCAGCAGAUGGGCGACAGGCGUCUCUUGGCGGCAAUGACACGCCUGGAGAUUCGAGCAACAUCAGUAGCGUAGAGAGUAGCCAAAGUAGUGGUCUUGUCGUGGAUGGCGCAGAGCAGGACAACGAUGGUACCAAAGCUGGAGAGGCUCCUGUCAAGGGCAAGCCGACGAAGAGCAAAUCACCGCCUUCGAGGUCGGAGCUCUACUCGGAGGACGAGCACGAUGACGACGAUGACGAGGAUGCGAGUGGGUGGCAGACGCCGGAUGGGGAGCAUAGCAGUGAUGAGAAGAGACGGUCUCAGUCCUCAGCUGCUGCGGAUGGAGGUGGUCUCAAGGACAAGGUGCACGACUUAGGGGAGAGGCUGAACAAGGCCUUAUAAAAGGGAGCGCGUUGCCCAGUUCGCAAGCGCAGCUGCUGUCACUUUCUGUAUAUCCCAACGCCGCAGCUGCUCUGCUCGUCUCGUCUCGUCUCGUUUUGAGUGCGACACCGGCGUCGCAAUCCUGUCUCUUACGUGCCUCGGGCGUCCUCCUCCUCGCUUCUUCUCUACUGGUCACUUCUCUGCACUCCAUUCGUGUAUAACUAGCAAGCUUUGUGCGACAAUCGAUGUCUAUCUGCAACGUCGAUCCGUCAGUGUGAAUUACAAUUUACCCCUGGUGACUACAUAAUUAAAGGAUGCAAGGGUCAGCGCCACGGCAGCUGAGGAGAUGAAGUUGACCUGCCCAUUGGACAGGAUGUCAUACCCGCUAAUGAUGGUCCAGCCUACCGCGUCACCCUUUGGUAAAUCUGCAGCUGCUGGCUUCCCGUCGACCUUCUUUUCGUCGAUGAUCGACGACUCCUUC